AUGGCAAAAACUUUGUUCCUCUUGGUUUGUUUGGUGAUUGUUUUGGCCCGUACAAGGUAAACUGGGGAUAUAAUUGAUUAAUUUGUUAAAUAUUUCGAAAUCUAAAACGUUGCCUGUGCUACAUUUCAUUGAAACGUCCAGAAAUAAGUGGUGGCAUUUAAAGCAAUUUUAAUACCUGGACGAUUCUUGUUGACUUUAGUGUAGUCAUGUCCUUAUACAUAAUUAUACAGCUAAUUCAAUGAAGGUUGUCCUUCCAAAAACGUAAACCUUAAACUCUGAGCGCGCAAAGUAUGCUGGGUUAUUGCUUAUUUAGACUCAUAAACUCUGAAAUUCGUUAAGGGCGAAAUAGGUGAAAACCCAUCAUCCCUUGCGCGCUCAGAGUUUAAGGUUUAAGGUUUUGGAAGGACAACCUUAAUUGAAUCAGCUGUAUACUAAAGUAUAUGCUCAUAUAUUAUUCUUAUUUGUCGAUGUUUCAGGCAGCAGGUUUAGAAUUAAGUUUAACCAUAGUUAAUAUAAUUAUAUUAACUAUGGUUUAACCACCACCAUUGUAUUUAAACCGAUUGCUGAAGAAGAUAGCAAAAUUGCAUAGCUUGGAAGGGUGGGGGAAAAACCGAAUAUUCAGUGUUUUAUAUCACUAAUUGUGUAUUUUAAUAUUUACUAUAAUUUUACAUUUUAGUUACGCAUGGCGCAGGCUUGCUAGAAAAUUAUUUUCGUCACAGUAAGGAUGAACGUGUAGAUUUUCAACGGGGAGAUAAGCGCGAGGACGAUGCAGUAGGACUACCAGAAUGUAAGAAAAAAUCGUUUUGCUAUAUUGCACUAACUUAUAGUUCAAACAAGUCUUUGAGUACUACGAACGUCUAAAAUUCUGAGUAGUUCAGCUGAGGGGUCAAUUUUGAGGAUUUUGAAACCUCCAGCAAAAAUAUCCGGGUAUUUUGGGAUCGGUUUCUUUGAGAUCUUCAGCGGAUUUUAAAGGAUAUUUUAGGCACGACUUUAAGGCCGCAUUUACACUAUGACGCUACGGCAAAUUUACCGUAGCGUAUAGUGAUUUGCAUGCGGAAAGCCAAGCGUAGUGGUCAGUUGUUAAUACGCUACAGCAAACCACUCCGAGUAUAUUGUCAACACAUUACUAGGAAGCGUAGAUAGAUAGAUAGAUAGAUAGAUAGAUACUUUAUUGCGUAUGGUGAAUUUUUAACGAAACUGAUGUGUACUCAGAGUGGCAAAUGUAGUGGUCCGUAGUUAUUAAUUACGGCAACUGAACCACUCCGUCAUCUCCGUUAUAGUGUAAACACAAUAUGUCUCAAUACUACAGAAACGUAGUAAAUUUUUAACGGAAUGUUAGCCGUAGCGUUAUAGUGUAACUGUGUAAACGCGGCCUAAGAUUCUGAACGCAGUCUUUGCACAUUUUUCAUGAGAUUGUGAGAUUUUUAGCUAUUUCAUGUGUGGGAUUUUUAGCGACGGUUCGCGUGAUUUCAAGAUUUUUCGCCGAACGAUUUUUGGGGAGUGUACCCGAGGAUUUUGGAGUGAUUCACAUUCGAGUCUCAUUUAAAACAGUAAUUACAUGCAUCACCCUGGGGGCUGUUGUAGGAAAGCUGGAUAGCUCCAUAUUCGCCUGAUUAUACUUUAUAAAUUAAACUUUCUUUUUAUUAUAAUUGUCUUGUCCAUAUAUAUCCGUAUAGUUUUAAGCAUAGCACUAUUCGACCAUCUCAAACUCGUUAAUAAUUCUGAUGAGUAAAUCAGUCAACCAUAUUGCUUUACUUUGCUCAUAUUAUUAUCAUUCACCCCACUUUAAGUAGUGAUUUAUUCGUAUGGAUGUCAUUUCAAACCCUCCAAUUCGGACUGGACUAGAUUUCAAUUCAAGUCCUGGCAUUUUGAUCCAGCUAGUACUCGGCUUUGCCUCGGACUUGAUCAAAUCGCGCGGACUUGAAAUCUAGUCCAGUCCUCGUAGUCGCGGAUUUGAAAUAUUACUUCGUACAACCAAGCCCAGCUCUUUAUAUUUUUGUAAGAAGAUACGUCUCAUUAGAUUUUUUCAUUUCAGUUUAUUUGUCAUUACUGCCUGAUGGAGAACGUUUGGCCUAUGGUAAUAACCCCGAUUAUCAAUACAGGCGAAUGUCUUUUGAACCGAGGUACUAUAUCGGAAAAAAUCUUCUGCGAUUCCAUUUGUCUUACACUUCUGCCGACUUUUUGCUCGAACUGGCUGUUACAGUUGAUGGGAAAAAGCAGCAAUUAUACGUUGAUACAGAUUUGCAUCUCCGCGUGGCAGAUAAGGACGGGAAAAACAGUGAAUACGAAGAAGUCGCUCUGCAUUAUAAUCCAAAUAAAAGGAGCGUUUUCGUUACUAUCUGCAACCCUGAUUUCCCAUUCGAGCCUUGUGUCUGGCGAAGGAUGUGGCGAGGGGACGGAACGGAGCUGCAAAGCUUUCAACGGAUUGUAGCAAUAAUUACUCUGUGGAGAGAGUUGCAUGAGUGA